CACUCACUGCUGCGGACUGAAUAAUGUCUAUAAGUUUUAAUAAGAAGACAUCUCUUACUUGAUGCUUGCUGCUUUUAAAUGCUCUGGUGUGAAGAUAAACAUGGCAGACAGUGUGUUUGCGGCUGACUCAGGACAGGGUCUCUGCUAAUACGGCCGCGUCAGUCAACAAUCAUGGGCGGGGCUUUUAUGGAUGCGGAUUCUGUGAUCAGUAAGCUCUGAGACAUGGUUCAUGAUUUAUGGGGAUUACAAAAAGAGGAGCGGGUGGAUUUUUGUCAUUAUAGGGUGGUUGUGUACACGCACUGCCAACACACAUUUAUGUUCAAACAACAUGUACAAGUGAAUUUUGCGUAAUAGGUGCCCUUUAAUUUAGCAAAACAUUUACCAAAUAAAAUGGCCUCUAAAAAUGUUACAGCAAGCAAGUCGUGUUCAUAAGCAGCAUGAAGAUUUUGUCGUUGUGACUAGCGUCUCUGUGCGUGCCGUCUUAAUUACAAAAUGCGGAGCUGUUCCAGAGGCCAAAUGAAUGGACCUUGAGCUCAGAAAGCCUUUGGAUGGUUAUUUGGGAAGUAAAUGGAUGUUGGCCACUGCUUUCUGCUCUCAAAAGUGCUCUGUCAGACCUGAAGCCUUUGCCAGAAUUUGAUCAAGCCUAUCUGAGACAUUUUACUCUCUGAUUCUAGCUUGCAAACGAACUCCGGUUGAGUUAAAGCUCCUGUGUGAAUAAAAAAAAAAAAAAAUAAUUUCUCUUUUCAUAUGAACUUGGCCAGUCUUGCUCUUGAAUAGCGUGUCACAGUGGCGUCAUUGCAGAUGUUUGUUGUAAUUGCUGGAGACAGACGUACUGUACAGAGUGCUUGCAGGGUUAGGGUUAACUUUAGCUUGUUGAGUUUUUUGGCCUCUUUUUUUUAUUGUAUCUCUGUUUUGUCUAGUCUAUAAGCUAGUCUUUGUUGGUCAGAAAAAAUAGGGGGUUAAACUUAAACUCUAGCAGAGAACCAAGUCUGAUGCUUUGUUUGCCGUAGACGGUGUCAAAGUGUGGAGGAGGCGGUCGUCAGCCUUCGUGAGCUCUGUGUUUCUGUGGACCAUGUCAGCUGGAUUUGCCCAUGGUGACACCCUAACAUUUGGACUAAAACACAUAUUAGCAUUGAGUUAGUGAGUGUGUGUUUCUGUUUAUCACAUCGGUAUUACCUAGUGACAUCCACCCUAAACCACAGCAUCAGGACUAAGGGCGUCUUCAAUCCUUUCCCAACCAGCAAACAUCAUUUAUUGUUGCAGUCAAAGCCUUUGGUUGAAAUGAUGUUGCUGUGGACAAAAGCACCUCUCAGUAAAUGGAUGAAUGUUUGCUUUGGGAAUUGCCUUUUUGCAUGCCACUUAGGAAACUCUGCUCCGUUCUGCUGUCAUUUUCAUGACUACGACAAGGCUGACAUGUAGUUUUAUUGCCUUGUGGUUUUCUGAAGGUGCUUUGCUCCAUGAAACCGGGCUCAGGUUUCAUACCUGUUGCUGUAUGGGGUGAUGCCUAACCACAGCUCUCUUAUCAAGUUAGUAGUCCAACACGUUGGCAUGCAAAGUGAUCCAUUUAGUCAUCUUGGUUUAAACGACCACAGCGUAUCAGUUUCAUGUAUCGAUUUCAGGCUAUGCGUGUUCCUCAUUCAAGCUUAAACAUUGCAUUUCCCAUGCAAAUCUCAAGUCCACAAGUGUUUUCAGUGUUCUGUCCAUUUCACUGAGUUUGUAUGGUCUUAUGAUUUUUGUUUGCAUAUUCUUGGGCUGGGGCUUCACCUCAUGGAUGGAGAAUAGCCUCAAUUGUGGAACCAUGUGGUAAACUUUUUUUAAACCUUAGAUUAAUGGAGCUUUGGUGUUCACAUGUAAUGUCACUGUAAUAUCACUACCUCACUUGCUCAGACCGGUGUAUAAAAUGCAUUGUGGGACUGGCUUUUGUGUUUGUUUUCGUACACUAAGCUGCAGUAGAUGAAGUGGGCUGCUUUGGGCCUCUGGAGUUUUACAUUGUAAAUUCUAACAUGUCUUGUAAUGUUGAACUCGCUGCUCACCCUAACCAUUUCAGUUCAUCAGCAGGCUUCUUGAUGUGAACCGUACUGUGUGUCAGAGAGCAAACACGAUCCGGCUCAUCCCUCAAGGAGACCGCUGUGUAAACGGCAGCGGAUCGGAGCACCUGGGCUGCGUUCUGCUAAAAAUAGACGCACGCAUAUAAACAGUAUUCCCUGAUGCGCGCUGCUCUGCGCUCGCUGCGAUGGGGCCUAAUUAGAUGAACAUCAAAGCAGUUUCCCGGGGUUGUCUAGUCCUUAGAAAUUUCCCAAAUAUAGAAGCUUGUGGAGGAUUUGCUGCCCUGGGGAAAUUGCCUGUUAUUUCUCUCCUUUUCUGGAUGGAAACCCGAGUCAGUGCUUCUGCUGUCGCGUUACAAAGGGAAGAAGCCGUGUGACUCUCAGAUGGAUCAGACCGUGGAGCUUUUGAAGCCGUCGGCGUUUGACCACAUUCCCACAGUUGAGCUGAGUUCUGCUCUGCCCGUGAGGGUUCCUCCUGCCGCCAUCCCCAUGGACCUGCGCGUGGAGCCGUCGCCGACGCUGGACGCCACCCGCCGCGAUCAGCAGCUGCAGCAGGAGCUGCUGGCGCUCAAACACAAGCAGCAGGUGCAGCGGCAGCUCCUCAUCGCAGAGUUCCAGCGGAAACACGAACAGCUCUCGCGCCAACAUGAGGCCCAGUUACAGGAACACAUGAAGCAUCAGCAGGAGCUUCUGGCUCUCAAGCAUCAGCAGGAGUUGCUGGAGCAUCAGAGGAAGAUGGAGCAGCACCGGCUGGAGCAGGAGCUGGAGAAACAGCAGCGGGAGCAGAAGCUCCAGCUCCUCAAGAACAAAGAACGCGGCCAGGAGAGUGCGGUGGCCAGUACCGAGGUGAAGAUGCGUCUGCAGGAGUUUGUUCUGAAUAAAAAGAAAGCGCUCGCUCAGCGCAGUCUCAACCACUGCAUCUCCAACAACCCACGCUACUGGUACGGGAAAACGCAGCACAGUUCUUUAGAUCAGAGCUCCCCUCCUCAGACCGCCAUUAAUACCUACAACCAUCCUGCCGUGGGCGUCUACGACUCCAAAGAUGACUUUCCACUGCGCAAAACAGCAUCUGAACCAAACCUGAAGCUGCGUUCGCGGCUGAAGCAGAAGGUGUCGGAGCGGAGGAGCAGCCCGUUACUGCGCCGCAAAGACAGUCCCGUUAGCACGCUCAAGAAACGCUCUCUGGACAUGGCAGAUUCGGCGUGUAGCAGCGCUCCUGGUUCAGGACCCAGUUCCCCAAACAACAGCUCACACGGCAACCUGUGCGAGAACGGCAUCAGCGUGACUGAGUCGUCUCACAGGCCGGCUGGUCACGAUGGUUCGGUCAGUCAGCUGUCCCUCUACACGUCUCCUUCACUACCCAACAUCACCCUGGGUCUGCCGGCCACCGCCACCAACAACGUGACGUCUACCCAGCCGGACAGUGAGCACUUGCCUGUGACCGGUUUACCCGUAAACACUCCGUUCCUGGUCACCUCUCACCUGCCGUCAUUUCUUGGCAAUUCGGACACAGCAAACUCCCACAAUGCACUGCUGCAGCACAUGGUCCUUCUGGAGCAAUCAGCCCCACCGAGUCCUUUAGCUGCAGGUAUGGGAGCGGGUCCGCUGCAGUCUCCGUGCCUGCAGAAGCUGCGUCAGCACCGGCCGCUGGGCCGCACGCAGUCAGCUCCUCUGCCCCAGAGCAGCCAGGCGCUCCAGCAGCUGGUGGUCCAACAACAGCACCAGCAGUUCCUGGAGAAACACAAGCAGCACUUCCAGCAGCUCCACAUCAACAAGAUGUUGAGUAAACCCGGUGAUCGGCAGCACCAGAGCCACCCAGAAGAGACGGAGGAAGAGCUCCGAGAGCAGCAGGAUGCCACACAGACGGAAACACUUCCCAUGAGCCUGCCCAUCAAACAGGAACCUCCUGAUCUCACAGAAGAGCAGAGACAGGAAGAACAAGAACUGCUCUUCAAACAGCAGGCCCUUCUCCUGGAGCAGCAGAGGAUCCAUCAGCUCAGAAACUACCAGGCGUCCAUGGAGGCGGCCGGUGUGACGGUCAGUUUCCCAGGGCACCGUCCCCUGUCCAGAGCCCAAUCAUCUCCUGCGUCUGCCUCAUUCAUCAGUCCGCAGGAGCAGCCUUCCAAACCUCAUUUUACCACAGGUCUGGUGUACGACUCUCUCAUGCAAAAACACCAGUGCAUGUGUGGCAACACUAACACGCACCCCGAACACGCCGGGCGCAUCCAGAGCAUCUGGUCUCGGCUGCAGGAGACGGGCCUGCGCAGCCAGUGUGAGUGUAUCCGUGGAAGAAAAGCCACAUUAGAGGAACUGCAGAUGGUACAUUCUGAAGCUCAUGUCACGUUGUAUGGGACCAACCCGCUACGGCAGAAACUGGACAGUUCUGUCAUCUCCAUGUUCGUCAGGUUGCCGUGUGGCGGCAUUGGGGUGGACAGCGACACCGUCUGGAACGAAGUUCACUCGUCGAGCGCGGCGCGUCUGGCCGUCGGUUCUGUGGUUGAACUCGUCUUCAAAGUGGCAUCAGGAGAGCUGAAGAACGGUUUCGCUGUGGUUCGACCACCGGGACACCACGCAGAGGAGAGCACGCCCAUGGGCUUCUGUUACUUUAACUCUGUUGCCAUAGCAGCUAAACUCCUACAGCAAAGACUCAACGUCAGCAAAAUUCUGAUUGUUGAUUGGGACGUUCAUCACGGCAACGGAACUCAACAGGCGUUCUACGACGAUCCCAGAGUUCUGUACAUUUCGCUUCAUCGGUACGACGAUGGCAAUUUCUUCCCGGGCAGCGGCGCUCCUGAAGAGGUGGGAAGUGGGCCGGGAGUCGGUUUCAACGUCAACAUGGCGUUUACCGGAGGUCUGGAUCCACCGAUGGCCGACGCGGAAUAUCUCGCCGCCUUCAGGACGGUAGUUAUGCCGAUCGCGAACGAGUUCGCGCCAGAUCUGGUGCUGGUGUCGGCAGGGUUCGAUGCGGUGGAAGGACACCCUCCUCCGUUGGGAGGCUAUAAUCUCACCUCCAAAUGUUUAGGUCACCUGACGAAACAGCUGAUGGGGUUGGCCGGGGGUCGUGUGGUCCUGGCGCUGGAGGGAGGUCAUGACCUCAGGGCCAUAUGCGACGCGUCGGAGGCCUGCGUCUCAGCACUGCUGGGAAUAGAGCUAGAGCCGCUUUCAGCGGACGUCCUGAAGCAGAGACCCAAUGAAAAUGCCGUGAGCUCCAUAGAGAAAGUCCUGGAACAUCACAGCAAGUACUGGCGGUCCGUCCAGCGGUUCACGUCCAGCGUGGGUUUGUCUCUGCUGGAGGCUCAGAGGGGCGAUUCUGAAGAGAAUGAGACUGUGACGGCAAUGGCCUCUUUAUCUGUCGCCGCCAUGGAGAAAAGAACGGAGGACGAACCCAUGGAAGAGGAGCCGCCGAUGUAGGGAACGAGAGUUUUACCAAAGCUCUGAGCUCUUCUGGAUCUCUGCGUCUGUUUGACUUGGUCUUGUCUGACGGAGAUCCUCGCUGAGGGCGGCGUUGAGCGGAGAGAGAGAGAGGUCAGGGCAUAAAGGCUAACUCGCCACGUUAGCGCUGUAGCCCGCUAGCACCGUGGCCCCAACGCAACGCGUUCAAGCUGAAGUCGCUUGAGCUGCUUGUUUUUGGAGAUUUCUGUCCUAUUGGCUCGUUACGCGCACACCUCGUCGCAGACGUCGGCCGGCGGAUCAUUCUGACAGAGGGAUGGACGGAAAAACAGGGUCCAACAAACCCUCUACAGGCUCUAGAGACCCAUUGUUUGUUUAGUAAGACACCAGGCGUACUUCACCACCAUAAGCACUACAGCGUUUGACCACACGGUGGCGCCGCAACUCGUCAGCGCCGCUUCACAGAUGUUUCUCAGAGAGUGAGUGCCUUUGUCGAGAUCGCGACUGAAUUCUGAGGAACUUUGCCUUAAGUCAGUAAUGUCAAACACGUUACCCAUAAUUCCAGUGGGUUGACUGUUUGAAGAAGGGAAAACCUGUUCAGCAUGUUUACUUGGACAGCGUUCGGUCCGAAACACACAUCGUCUAGCGAUGAUUGACACUCUUUUGGUGUGGUUUUUGUCCAAUGAGCUGUACAAAAACGCUGCAGAAAAUGUCUGCAAAUGACUCUCUGAACUUCCAGCGAUGCUUAACAGUGGCUCGACAUCACGCAAUGUAGCUACACAUAAAGCAGCUGAAGGUAGGCCUUGGUUUUUCCAAGUGGUUUAAUGAGUGGCAUGUGCAUUUUAGAGGGGGAAAAAAAACCCAAAAAACGACAAAAGACCUGGACAGAAGCGAAGAUCAGAAGAUCUGACCAAAGCAUGAGUUUGCAUCUUGUGUUGCACCUUUGUCUAACACUAGUCUUGACCCGUGCGGCGUUCAACACGGAUUACAAGGCCACGGCAUAUGUGAAAUGGUUCUGUCUCUGUCCUCAAACCCGUUUGUUGGAUUAUUCUUGGGGUAAAAGAACCGGACAAGAGAAGACAGUGUACCAAAACAGCUUGUGUUCCUCCUGAGCCAAACCAACCUUGUAAAAAGGAAGCCGCAACUUGCUAAUGUUGGAAACCCCCAAGCAUGAGGAGGGAUCGGUACCUACAAAAUCAAUUUCAAAUAUGCAUGUGAAAUGUUAAUUUUAUUUGCCUUCUCAAAUGAACCUUGAGCCUCAUCUCUCCACAACAGUUUCACCUUUAAAAGAAUCCAGUUCAUCUCUUUACAACUCCUGUCAACUGUUAAAAUGCUCAGUUUUUUAGUUCAGUUACUGGUUAUUUUUGAGGUUUUAGUAAUCAAUUAGUCAUUCCUGUGUUGUAGAGUUUUAUUUUAUUUUUUUAUUUUCUUAUUUGUACUUUUUACUGGACUUUGCUUAUUUUGUGCUAGUGGAUUUUAGUUUCAUUAUUUGCAUUACAUUUGGUACCAUGUACUUUAUGUUUAUGACGUGUUCAUGGGUUUUUAACCAUUCAGUCACAAUGACUGAUUGUGUACUUCCAUGUUUUGUUCAUAGUAGAUUUGUUAAUGAAAGAAAACUUAAAUAUAUGAAUAUGAAAAACUGUUGGUCACCUCUGUUCUAUUUGCAUGGAUUUGUGUUGUAAGCAGCACAUCCUGGUCUCAAAUAUACAAAACCUUUUUUUUGAGAGAAAGAGUUUAGGAGUAUGUAACAAUCAGCUCUGUCAGUGGAACGAAUCUGAUAAACAUACCUGAUGAUCAGUGAUUUUCGCUUUUUGGUGAAAGUGCUGCCUGCUGAUUUUAGAGAGAAACAGUAUGUCUAUGACAAUGAUUCAACUAAAAUAAAAAAAAAAAAAAAAAAAAAAA